UCAGCUCCUCGAGGUAUCUCUUCUGGAUCAAAACGAGCAUCAUCCCCAUUCUAUAGUUAGCCACAAUGGCAUCAACUUCCAAAGUGAAUUUUGCGUCAUCAGUGUCAGUGUUGGUUAUCUUAACAGUCAUCGGCGCAGCCUCCGAGGAUUCGAAGAAGAGAAAAAAUACGCCCAACCUCGCAGAUUUCUCAAAGUCGCCCCGGGAAUGUCGUUAUCAUGGAGGGGUGUGCGUGCUGGCUCGGGUUGCCAAUUGCAACAUGAUCAAGAAAGCAAAUUGUCCGCAGUUUGGUCGAAGCUCUCAUGUUUGCUGUAAGAAAGGAUGGAAGCAAAGUCUAAUGAAGAUGGGGAAAGAUGAGAAAUACAAAAAUGCGAGGACAUCAAAACAACGAAGAUCAGAGAUGAAAGGCAACGAAGGAAAGGUGAAAUAUGAUGGUAAGAAAGGAAACAGCAAUACAAAUAAAUUAAGAAUGGAAAACAGUCGCAAAAGGAGAAGGCCACCAAGCAAAGUUGAUAGAGCAAAGAAGGAGACGAAAAAUAAGACAAGUAAAGAACAAAAUAAAAAGAAAAAUAAAAGCAGCAGCAAAAAGAAGAGCCCUAAAGGCAAAGGCAACGAUAAAAGGAGGAAGAAGAAAAAUAAAGGAAAGAAAAAGAAGAAAACUAAUCAAAAGCAAGUGGGAAAGGGCCGCAAAAAGAAAGGGCCUUCAAGAAAAGGUAACAAAGGAAGGAAGACAUCCAAAGACAGGAGACAAAACGGUCGAAAGAAGAAACAGAAACCAAAACAGAAGAAAAAGAAAAAUAACAAAGACAGGAAGAAAAAGUCCAAAUGUGCAACAAAGGGAAAAAAACGCGGGAAAUGUUCGACAACGAAGGAGUGCAGAAGAGCCAAAGGAACUUGUAGAAAACAGUGCAAGAGGACCUUUCUCCCUGGCCUGUGUUGUGGAAACGUUUGCAAGUGCUGCCCUAAGAAUCGUCCCAAAAAAGAUAAACAAAGAGAGGCAGCCCAGCAGGGCACGAGGCAGAGCUGCAAACCCUGGAGAUCAUGCAGAGAGAAAAAAGGAAGCUGUGUUCUAGAUAAGGCAGAAUGCAAUGGGAGAGUCUGGACUGGAGGAUGUAGAGGCACAGGAUGCAGAUGCUGUACAUCAAAGGACGUGCCUUGUGAACCACGUCCGAGUUGCAUUACAGACAAAGGGAAAUGUGUCACCACGGAAGCAGAAUGCGACGGCAUACUGAGGAAAGGUGGUUGUAAGAACGGAGAAGACUGCCGAUGCUGCGUUCCAUAUCCUCCUUGCACAGCAAGAGAAUUCUGCACCAAACGGAAUGGUGUUUGCGUUAUAAAAGAUGAAGAAUGCACCCUUUCAUUAAAGCCAACUGCAUGUGCUGGAAAACACUGUAAAUGCUGUUACUUUGGUAAAGUACCUCCACAAAAUGCGGCCUUAAACAGCUCAUUUUCUUCAAGCAACGCAAAUGGAUCCACAAACAUAACAGGAGCUGGUGUUGGUUUAAGCAACGUGUCUGUCAAUUUAACAAUGAAUGUGACUACACCUGGCCCAGUUAAUGUGACCAGACCUGGCCCAAGUUACUUAACAACCCCUGGUCAAAGUAAUGUGACAAUUCUUAGCAUUCAUAAUGGGACUGGUCCUGGAGCAAGUAACAUUACUAUUAAUGGUACAAAUGUAAGUACUUCUGGUGCGAGUAACACUACUAUGAAUGGUACGAAUGUGAGUGGUUCUGUUGCAAGUAACAUUACUAUUAAUGGUACAAAUGUGAAUAGUUCUGGUGCAAGUAACAUUACUAUUAAUGGUACAAAUGCGAAUAAUUCUGGUGCAAGUAACAUUACUAUUAAUGGUACAAAUGUGAAUAGUUCUGGUGCAAGUAACAUUACUAUUAAUGGUACGAAUGCAAACAGUUCUGGUGUAAGUAACAGUACUAUUAAUGGUACAAAUGGGAAUAGUUCUGGUGCAAGUAACAUUACUAUUAAUGGUACUAAUGCGAAUAGUUCUGGUGCAAGUAACACUACUAUUAACGGUACAAAUGCGAAUAGUUCUGGUGCAAGUAACAUUACUAUUAAUGGUACAAAUGCGAAUAGUUCUGGUGCAAGUAACACUACUAUUAACGGUACAAAUGCGAAUAGUUCUGGUCAUUAUGGUGCAAGUAACAUUACUAUUAAUGGUACAAAUACGAAUAGUUCUGGUGCAAGUAACACUACUAUUAAUGGUACAAAUACGAAUAGUUCUGGUGCAAGUAACACUACUGUUAAUAGUACAAAUGCGAAUAGUUCUGGUGCAAGUAACGCUACUAUAAAUGGUACAAAUGGGAAUGGUUCUGGUGCAAGUAACAUGCUCUUUAAUGGUACAAAUGCGAAUGGUUCUGGUGCAAGUAACACUGCUAUUAAUGGUACAAAUGCGAAUGGUUCUGGUGCAAGUAACAUUACUAUAAAUGGUACAAAUGUGAAUGGUUCUGUUGCAAGUAAUGCUACUAGCCCAGUGUAA